CUGCAAAAGCCCCCAUCCAUUUUUCUCAGCUCGAGAAAUUCAUAACAAAUCCUUCACACAAUCAACAGAAUCUUAUUAUAUGUAUAUAUAUUUAUGUGAAAUUAAAAUUCAUCGAAUUCGAAAUUCUCAUCGUACAAAUCACCGCGUGGAAUUUCUCAGCUCCGUGAUCCUCCGCCGCUAAUCCUCUGUUCAUUGAUCCAAUCGCAUUUCUGCGGGCGUCGCGAUAUUCGGCUGAGAUCGAUGAGCAGGUUUGAAUGAAUACGAGGACCGAACUGAUUUUUAUUGCGAGGAUUUCGUGGCGAGAUUUUCGCGAGAGUUAGAGCAUCGGAUGAGAAUGGAUGAUAAUCUGGAGCUGAAAUUCUGUUGGGGAGAUAUUUGAUUUGAUUUCAUUUGCAGACAGGUUGAAAUAUUCCUUCUUGCUUGAACUGCGAAGGUUUCUGGCGAAUUUAUUUGCAUGUAAAUGCAUAAGAAUAUGGAAACUAACACAUGCACUGUUAAUCACUUGGAUGCGGAUGCACAUCUUCCACCUCGGAAGCGACUUCUCGCUGGAUUGAAAAGACAGAACUCAGAUGCUAAUUCCCCCACACAAUCAACUCCUAGUCCUAGUAGCACUGGGAGCGAGCAUGAUGCCCGUCUCAAUAGCGCGUUGAGGUACCAGUUGAGUAAUCCGAGUCUCUCAAACGAGCAGAUUGUCGAAGACUCUAGAAUCGCUGCUAUGAAGGCUGCGAAGCUCGCAGAGGCUGCAAGAGCCAAUGCUGAAGAGAAGGCUGCAAAAGCAGCAAAGGCAGUGGCUGCUGCCAAAACUGCCUUAGAUCUUGUUGCCAUUCUUUCGGAAGAGACGGGUAACAAAGAAAAGUUACUAAAAAAGAACAAGAUGAAGAAGCACGUCACCGUUGAAGCAUUGUACAGCAAGAAGAAAAACAGCGCAAGAACAGACGAAGAAUUGGCUCGCAAUCUGCAUCGCGCCAUCAACAGCUCCCCAAGAAUCUUGAAGAGCCCGCCAGGUUCUGAUGCCAAGAGUCCCAAGCAUAAAAGACCGAGGGGAUGUACAGUUGGCGAAGGGGACAAAGGUAAUGGUGUAGUAGAAGUAGACAUGAUCAUGGUAGACUUGAACACUUCCAAGGAUGACAGCAAUGGGGACAGCUCUCGCCUCAGCAAACCCGAAAGGCUGAAGCUGGACGAUGGUGAAGUCUUGGAUAGCAUUAGUCGAAAGAGGGGAAGAAUCAAGCAGAAGAAACUGCCAUUGAGCAUAUGUAGCAUCAAGGACCAAACUAGUCCGAAAGAGGAGGGGAAACCUCAAGCCUUGUUUUCGAGUAACAGUUUGGUGCCGCCUCCGGUGGAGAGGGCGCCAUCGAUGUGGAAGUGCCAGUCAUUCAAAGCGCCGGCUUGUGUUAAACAGAACAAAGUUAUGCAGUCAUAGUGUUGAUAGGAAUUGUGGCCAAAGGUAGGUAUGUCUUUUUGGUAAAAAGCAUAAGGCCCUAUUAUUUUUUUUCCUUGUGAACUUUUUGUGUUUCUUCUCCCAUGUUUGUGAGUAGAGUGUCAUGAUUUUGAAUUUGAGAUGUAUAUUGGACUCGGUUGCUUGGAUAUGUUUGUUGCUGAUUUAAUACAAAACCUGUUGUAAUCAA